AUGACUUUAUUUUCUACCUCCUCUACACCAUCCAUCUUUCACCAAAACCUGAGGAUUAACUUAUCUGAAGAUUCAGCCUCCUGGCUGAACAACAGCACCGUGCCACCAGUCAGAUUUGCAGGUUUAGGGACAUCCCUCUUCACAAUGACAUUUGGCGCCAUCUCUAACCUUACUGCUCUGGGCAUCCUAAUCAAGUCCAGAGUCCGGUUCCGCCGUCAAUCCAAAGCACCGUUCCUUCUAUUAACAGUGGCUCUGCUUUUGGCUGACCUCGCUGGGCAUUUGAUCCCAGGUGCCUUUGCUUUGUAUCUGCACAUGAAUCAAAGGAAUAAAAUACAAGUGGGAAAGCCCACCAAGGAAUUCUGUCAGAUCUUUGGGGCUAGUAUGGUGUUUUUUGGCUUAUGCCCUUUGCUGUUGGGUUGUGCCAUGGCAGUGGAGCGCUGUGUGGCUAUCACUCAGCCCUUUUUUCAUGCUGCAAUGAUCACAUUAGCCCACAUGGUUCGAGUUGUCUUUUUUCUGUCCUCUCUUGCAUUUUUCCUUGCAGUUCUACCUCUAUUUUCUGUAGGGACCUACACCACUCAGUUUCCAGGAACAUGGUGUUUCUUGCCCAUCCAUGGAUCUAAGACUACAGCUGACACCAAUCUGAUCCUGAUCUUCUCAUGUCUUGGCCUUUCUGCACUCGCUCUUUCCCUUCUCUGCAACAUACUGAGUGCUCUGGCAUUGCUGAAGGCCAGAAUAAAGUCCCGCUCAGCUAAUACAAUACCAGCAGCUCAGCGAUCUCGGCACCCAUCAUCCACAUCAUCAUCCUCCUCAUUUUGUUCGUUGGAUCUGGAAAUGAUGGUGCAACUGGCAGUGAUCACAGUGGUUUCCUGUGUGUGCUGGAGCCCUUUUCUUAUCCACAUUCUUGUAAUGCACUUCAGCCAAAACCUUACAGAUGCACCUCAUGAAAAGGAUGGGGUCAUUCUUCUGGGUCUACGCAUGGCUUCCUGGAAUCAGAUCUUGGACCCUUGGGUUUACAUCCUACUGAGGAGGGCAGUUCUUCUCAGAGUGUGCUGUGCUUUCUAUACACAGAAAUCCAUGGUACCAGAAAACAGCUCCUAUGCAGAAACACACAGGCAGGCCCUCAGUCUGCAAUGA